GGCAGCGGCACAGCCAUGGGGAACAUGCCUUCCGCUGUGAAGCACUGUCUGAGCUACCAGCAUCUUCUCCGGGAACAUCUCGGAGUCGGGGACCCAGUGGCUGGGGCGCUUGAGCCCGCGCAGAUAACACAAUUAUCGGGAUUUCCUGAGUAUGUUAAAAUAGUAGAAGUUGGACCCAGGGAUGGCUUACAAAAUGAAAAGGUCAUUGUACCUACAGAUAUAAAAAUUGAGUUUAUCAACCAACUUUCUAAAACAGGCUUAUCAGUCAUAGAAGUAACCAGCUUUGUAUCUUCCAAAUGGGUACCUCAGAUGGCAGAUCAUACAGAAGUAAUGAAAGGCAUCUAUCAGUACCCUGGUGUUCGAUAUCCUGUGCUCACUCCUAAUCUUCAGGGUUUUCAUCAUGCUAUCGCAGCUGGGGCCACAGAGGUGUCAGUAUUUGGGGCAGCAUCUGAGUCAUUCAGUAAGAAGAACAUUAAUUGUUCUAUUGAAGAAAGCAUGGAGAGGUUUGAAGCAGUUGUUAAGUCAGCAAGGCAUAUGAAUGUUCCAGUGCGAGGGUAUGUUUCUUGUACCCUGGGAUGCCCAUAUGAAGGACACAUUGCACCUGAAAAAGUGGCCGAAGUGUCUAAGCAGUUGUAUAGCAUGGGCUGCUAUGAGAUCUCUCUGGGGGACACAAUUGGAGUGGGAACUCCUGGAAGUAUGAAAAGAAUGUUGGAAAGUGUUAUGAAAGAAAUCCCACUAAGUGCUCUUGCUGUUCACUGUCAUGAUACAUAUGGGCAAGCUUUAGCAAAUAUUCUUACAGCUUUGCAGAUGGGAAUCAAUGUUGUGGACUCGGCUGUGUCUGGAUUAGGUGGUUGUCCUUAUGCAAAAGGUGCUUCUGGGAAUGUAGCAACAGAGGAUUUGAUAUAUAUGCUGAAUGGUCUGGGACUCAAUACGGGAGUGAAUCUUUACAAAGUGAUGGAAGCUGGGAACUUUAUUUGUAGAGCUAUAAAUAAGACAACAAAUUCUAAAGUAGCACAGGCCUCGUUCAAUGUUUGA